AUGAAAAAUAAACAUUUUACAGCUUCAUGGUACAGAGUUUCAGAUGAUACCAUUCGGAACUGUUUCCGAAAAGCCGGAUUUGGAAAUGAAGUCCAUGAUCAUGGUGGAAAUGAUCAUACUGACGAUACUUCACCUAAUGAUGAAGAAUGGAAUCGACUUGAAGAGCAGGCAUCAUUUGAGGAUUACGUGAACGAUAAUGAAAACCUCAUCACUACAGAACCCAUGACUAUCACUGAGAUAGUUCAAUGUGCACUGCGGGACCUGGACGAGGAAGAAACUGAUGAUGAGGAUGACACAGAAAAGCCUCAGCAUUCCUCCAUGACGUUUAACAAUGCAUCAAAUGCGUUAGAAAUAAUUAAACAAUUUGUGACGCACCACAAUGUUUCUGACGAACUAAUGACAGAGUUAUCCCAUUUUGACGGCACAGUGUAUGCUACUGCUGCAUCAAAGAAAAAACAAGCAAAAAUUAUGGACACUUUUACGAAAUGA